AUGAGGAUGUUGGAGGGUUUGGUAAAGAUGGUGCUGAAGGUGAGGAUGAUGAGGAUGAUGGAGAGUUUGGUGAUGGUGAGGAUGAUGAUGCUGAAGGUGAGGAUGAUGACAAUGAUGGAGAGUCUGGUGAUGGUGAAGAUGAUGGGGCUGAAGAUAAGAAUGGAUGAGGAUGAUGGAGAGUUUGUUGAUGGUGAGGAUGAGGGUGCUGAAGGUGAGGAUGAAGAGGAUGAUGGAGAGUCUGGUGAUGGUGAAGAUGAUGGUGCUGAAGGUGAGGAUGAUGGAGAGUCUGGUGAUGGUGAGGAUGAUGGAGAUGAUGGAGAGUCUGGUGAUGGUGAAGAUGAUGGCGCUAAAGGUGAGGAUGAUGAGGAUGAUGGAGGGUCUGGUGAUGGUGAAGUUAAUGGUGCUUCAGGUGAGGAUGAUGAAGAUGAUGGAGAGUUUGGUGCUGCAGGUGAGGAUGAUGAGGAUGAUGGAGAGUUUGGUGAUGGUAAAGAUGAUGGUGCUGCAGGUGAGGAUGAUGAGGAUGUCGGAGAGUUUGGUGAUGGUAAAGAUGAUGGUGCUGCAGGUGAGGAUGAUGAGGAUGUCGGAGAGUUUGGUGAUGGUAAAGAUGAUGGUGCUGCAGGUGAGGAUGAUGAGGAUGAUGAAGAGUUUGGUGAUGGUGAAGAUGAUGGUGCUGCAGUUGAGGAUGAUGAUGAAGAUGGAGAGUUUGGUGCUGCAGGUGAGGAUGAUGAGGAUGAUGGAGAGUUUGGUGAUGAUGAAGAUGAUGGUGCUGAAGAUGAGGAUGAUAAAGAUGAUGGAGAGUCUGGUGAUGGUGAAGAUGAUGGUGCUGAAGAUGAGAAUGAUGAGGAUGAUGGAAAUGAGGAUGAUAAGGAUGAUGGAGAGUCUGGUGAUGGUGAAGAUGAUGGCGCUAAAGGUGAGAAUGAUGAGGAUGAUGGAGGGUCUGGUGAUGGUGAAGUUGAUGGUGCUGCAGGUGAGGAUGAUGAAGAUGAUGGAGAGUUUGGUGCUGCAGGUGAGGAUGAUGAGGAUGAUGGAGAGUUUGGUGAUGAUGAAGAUGAUGGUGCUGAAGAUGAGGAUGAUAAAGAUGAUGGAGAGUCUGGUGAUGGUGAAGAUGAUGGUGCUGAAGAUGAGAAUGAUGAGGAUGAUGGAAAGUCUGGUGAUGAUGAAGAUGAAGGUGCUGCAGGUGAGGAUGAUGAAGAUGAUGGAGAGUUUGAUGCUGCAGGUUUGGAUGAUGAGGAUGAUGGAGAGUUUGGUGAUGGUGAAGAUGAUGGUGCUGCAGGUGAGGAUGAUGAAGACGAUGGAGAGUUUGAUGCUGCAGGUGAGGAUGAUGAGGAUGAUGGAGAGUUUGGUGAUGGUGCUAAAGGUGAGGAUGAUGANAAUGAUGGAGAGUUUGGUGCUGCAGGUGAGGAUGAUGAGGAUGAUGGAGAGUUUGGUGAUGAUAAAGAUGAUGGUGCUGCAGGUGAGAAUGAUGAAGAUGGUGGUGCUGCAGGUGAGGAUGAUGAGGAUGAUGAAGAGUUUGGUGAUGGUGAAGAUGAUGGUGCUGAAGAUGAGGAUGAUAAAGAUGAUGGAGAGUCUGGUGAUGGUGAAGAUGAUGGUGCUGAAGAUGAGAAUGAUGAGGAUGAUGGAAAGUCUGGUGAUGAUGAAGAUGAUGGUGCUGCAGGUGAGGAUGAUGAAGAUGAUGGAGAGUUUGAUGCUGCAGGUUUGGAUGAUGAGGAUGAUGGAGAGUUUGGUGCUGCAGGUGAGGAUGAUGAAGAUGAUGCAGAGUUUGGUGAUGGUGCUAAAGGUGAGGAUGAUGAAAAUGAUGGAGAGUUUGGUGCUGCAGGUGAGGAUGAUGAGGAUGAUGGAGAGUUUGGUGAUGGUGCUAAAGGUGAGGAUGAUGAAAAUGAUGGAGAGUUUGGUGCUGCAGGUGAGGAUGAUGAGGAUGAUGGAGAGUUUGGUGAUGGUGAAGAUGAUUGUGCUGAAGGUGAGGAUGGUGACGAAGAUGGAGCGUUUGGUGCUACAGGUUUGGAUGAUGAGGAUGAUGGAGAGUUUGGUGAUGGUGAUGGUGCUAAAGGUGAGGAUGAUGAAGAUGAUGGAAAGUUUGGUGCUGCAGGUGAGGAUGAUGAAGAUGGGGGAGAGUUUGGUGAUGGUGAAGAUGAUGGUGCUGCAGGUGAGGAUGAUGAGGAUGAUGGAGAGUUUGGGGAUGGUGAAGAUGAUGGUGCUGCAGGUGAGGAUGAUGAAGAUGAUUGUGCUGCAGGUGAGGAUGAUGAGGAUGAUGAAGAGUUUGUAUGGUGAGAUGAUGUGCUGAAGGUGAGGAUGAUGA